CUUUUGUUCGGAGGACUUUCAGCUUCUUUUAUCAGGAAAUGAUUGGAAUGCCAAAUCCGUUUGACCUUUGAACCUUUACAGAAGCUUGGAUCAAUGAGACCAGAGCUGAAGACCUUAGUUUUUUAACCAAGGUCUGAUUCAACAGGCUGACGUGGUUUCAGGCUGAAGAAAACCAUAAAACCUUUAAUGUUGUUGGGAUUAAAAGGAAAGGAUGAAGAUCUUUUUCCUGUUUUCCUGGAUCUUGGACCUUUUUCAGUGGACGCCUUUUAAUUUGAAUCCGGUCGAAGGCUUUUUCCAGGGGCUGAUCGGGGCGUGUGGAAUAUCUGUUCUAUACAAUCUGAUGAGAAUUUACUACUUUAUUCAAUCAUGCAGUGAUUCUGACCGUGGAAGUAAACGGACGUCGUCCAAAACAAGGAAUCCUCUGAGGAGGAAAUGGAGAGCAUCUCUCCAGUUCUGGUGCCUGACUACCCUCCUGUCGUUGGUGGGACUGAGGGUUUCCUCCCUCAUAGUGCUGGAGUUUUUGCUCAGGGCUGCUUUUGCGUGCAUGUCCACCGCACAGGAUUCUGGUGUGAGAGGUCUGGACUUUCUCCUGAUCCAGAGCCAGUUUUCACUGGGCUGCAGCCUCACCUGUGUUCUGGCCUUCCUCCAUCAGGGGGCUCCUCACAGCUCCCUCGGUUUGUGUCUGGCUGCUGCUCUCAGCUGGGCUGUGGCCUCCUACAGCAGCAGUCUGUGGGCCCACGUGGCCAGACUCUACCCACUGCACAGCAAACAGCAGUACUGUGGGAAAUGCAUCAGCCUGUUAACCUCAGGGCACACCAUGCUGGCCUCUCUGCAAAGACUGGUUAUCUUGACCUUUGCUGUAGCAGCUGUGGCUUCUACCUCGGUGGUUUAUGAGCACUUCUUAUCUCACAAGGAUGCUAUGAAGUUCUGGACCCCGCUGACACUCUGCUACACCAUGUUGGUGGUUUAUAACCAAGAGGAACAACACCGGCUGACGGUCUCAGAGACCCUCUUGCGCACUGUAGUGGUGCGACUGGGAGGCUUACUGGUGCUCAUGCUGGCAGUGGGAACCUGGUCUGAUGUGCUUCACGUCCUCGUAUCUUUUAUAGGAGAAGGAGUUUGUCUGCUGUCUUCUGAGGAUCUGCUGCAGGCCGCUUUAAAGGAAGAACAUGAAACCAGCUUCAGCAAAGAAGAACGAAGAUUUAGUCCCAGCACAAAGACAGGAAAGUUCCUGUUAGAUGACAGUUAAUGGGAUGCUUGCCUCAAACGCCGGUGACCUUUUUACACCUGGAUGUGCUGAUGAACGGAACAGCAGUUAAAAAUGAGAAUUUUGUGAACUUUGAUGUUGAAAUUCUUGGAAAAUAAAAAAUCCAACACAAAAAGGUGCUCGCCGUGUGAAUCCGUUUCCUGCUACUUAAACGUAACGCCUGAAAGCGUGCUGUUGGAGAGGUUCACAGGGUUUAAUGAGGAUUUGGGCUGUUGAGGGGGUGGAGCGUGGUGGUCUUGGGUUUGUAUCAUCUGUGGGCAUGCUCCUUCCUGCAGCCGUGACAUCACUGCAGCAUUCCUUUCCACAGAGCUGGAACAACAGAGACCCCCAUCACUCUCCUCAUCGCUGGCUCCCGUCAACCCUCUCUGCACAUUCCUGCUUCACUCUGACCCACAUACGGUCGGGUUCUGUCUCCAACCUCCUGCUUGACUUUUAGGCCUUCUGCUGAUAUACUAAGAUCUCGUUUCACAAUAAUUAUUCUCCCUGAAGCUACGUCUGCACGUCUGAGCACCAAACCUCCCCCCCGAAGAGUCUGAUAAAGCCCACUGUAAUCAAACUGUGUGUUCGGGUCUGGACAUCUGUGGGGCCCAAAUGGAGUUAAUA